AUGCUGACAACGAAAGCGAAGAUGAAGCUGUUGAGGUCAAGUAUCGUCGAGUGCAGCAGUGGACAUUUAGUGGCGGUACUUUUUACAGUGCUAUUACCGUUGGUUCGGGCACAGGAUUACGAUGUGACGGACAUUCAGUGCUCGUUCGCCUCGCAAGGCUCUAACCUGGGCGACAUCAUUACGGCGAAGCUGAAGAAACCGAUCGGCUUCAAGGGGGCACCGCUGUUCGCGGACGAUCGGGGCGUCAAUCCGGAAGCGGACUUUGCUUGCUCCAUCAAGCAAGAUCGUAAAGACGUGAGCGAGCUGGCGUACGAUUUGAAGAUUACCGAUUUCUCACGGUGCGGCGUGCUAAAGCGAAAUGGUUUCGUACACGUCCGGAUCUGGUUCCCGCAAUUCCCAUCGGUCGUCAUGCAAUCCGAUCAGGAACUGAUCAUCAUGUGCAAGCCGCCGGAGCCGACCGUUAUCCAGAACAAGGCGGCUGGAUUCGCGGGAAGUUUUCCACAUGGGGCACGUGUUUCCGGAGUGGUGGAGGAAACUCCUGGACGGCUCGAGUAUGAGGUAGCGCUGUACAAGGAAGCACCACCGAUCGCGCGGAUCAGCGGCAAUUUGGCGGGUCACAAAAAUCAUUCGGCAUCCUCACUUCCGGCCGUCACCAACAAUGAAGUUCCGGUCGAUCAGGCCGUCCCGAUCGGCACCAAGUUGCAGUUGAGGGCCCGCAUCAGCUCGCAGAGCGUGUGGAAGUACGUGAAGCUGAUGGAGGUGACGGUUUCGCCCGAUCCGGACGAUCCGCAUGCGCACGGAUCGGUGUCGCUGGUGCGCGAUGGUUGCCGGAAUCGGGACUUUGCCUCGAUCAUUCCUCACCAGCCGGCCCGCUACCGUGACAAACCGAACGAGGUGUUCCUGGACUUUGAGGCGUUCCUGCUGAGCUCGAUGAAGGAGCGUAGUACGCUUUGGAUCCAUUCCCAGAUCAAGGCAUGCAUGGACGCGAUGGAUUGUCAGCCCGACUUUUGCCUCGACAUGUACGAACCAUCGAAAAGACUCGGUAGAAGGCGACGUGAUGCGCAAAGUCGGAAUCGUACUGAAUACACCAAGUUCAAGGAAAACAUUGAGUACACCGUCAUUAUGCCGGGAGAGUACGACGAUGCUUUACGCUACCAGCAGAGUCCGGAACAGUGCAAAAACUUUGUGGUCAUCUCGGGCCUUUUGGCAGCAUUGUUGGCGCUCUCGACAGUGAUAACUUGCGGCUUGGCGUCACGGAUGCAGGGUACAGGCAAGAAGACCAUCGACGAACUGAACGCCAAGGGAUACUCUGGGCGAGCGAUUGUGCAGUAA